UUCCAGGAACUUUGACGCAAUUUGCAAAUGGCCGUGAAAAGGACCGAGCUCGAGGGUGUAUGAAAAGCUAAUGGUGGAUGAUUUCGUGAUAAAAACUUGUGAAUAAUUCUUAAUUCAGUGGGGUGUCGUUAAUAAGAUACAAAAUGUGCCAAAAAGUGAUAAUCCAGUUUUAAUGGUGGUAUAGGAAGCGCCCGAUAACCGCUGGAGGGUCGAUCUACGAGACAUUGCUGACAGAAGGGUCGGUGCGUGGCGUAGGAAGCGGACGCGGCGCGAGGCGGUCCACAUCAGGCGUUUAGCUCCUCACCGGGUGUAGUGGUUCCACAGGGCACCAUGAAUGAACUGGACAGCCUGCGCCAAGAGGCGGAGACCCUCAAGAAUGCCAUACGAGACGCCCGCAAGGCGGCGUGCGAUACGUCGCUCGCGCAGGCCACGGCCAACCUGGAGCCAAUCGGCCGCAUCCAGAUGCGCACGCGGCGCACGCUGCGCGGACACCUCGCCAAGAUCUAUGCCAUGCACUGGGGAUCUGACUCCAGAAACCUGGUAUCCGCCAGCCAGGACGGCAAGCUGAUUGUGUGGGACAGCCACACCACCAACAAGGUGCACGCGAUACCGCUGCGCUCGUCGUGGGUCAUGACCUGCGCCUACGCCCCGUCCGGCUCCUACGUGGCCUGCGGCGGGCUCGACAACAUCUGCUCCAUCUACAGCCUGAAGACACGCGAAGGCAACGUGCGCGUGUCGCGCGAACUGCCCGGCCACUCGGGCUACCUGUCGUGCUGCCGCUUCCUGGACGACAACCAGAUCCUCACCAGCUCCGGGGACAUGACCUGCGCUCUCUGGGACAUCGAGACCGGGCAGCAGUGCGGGCAAUUCACAGGCCACACAGGCGACGUGAUGUCCCUGUCUCUGGCGCCGGACCAACGUACAUUCGUCUCGGGCGCUUGCGACGCGUCCGCCAAGCUGUGGGACAUCCGGGACUGCCAGUGCAAGCAGACCUUCCCGGGACACGAGAGCGACAUCAAUGCCGUCACGUUCUUCCCGUCCGGCUUCGCGUUCGCGACCGGCUCAGACGACGCCACGUGCCGCAUGUUCGACAUCCGCGCCGACCAGGAGCUGGCCAUGUACUCGCACGACAACAUCAUCUGUGGCAUCACCUCCGUCGCCUUCAGCAAGUCCGGCCGCCUGCUGCUCGCCGGCUACGACGACUUCAACUGCAACGUGUGGGAUUCCAUGAAGAGCGAGCGCGCUGGAAUCCUCGCCGGUCACGACAACCGCGUGUCUUGCUUAGGCGUCACCGAGAACGGGAUGGCUGUUGCCACGGGGUCCUGGGACUCCUUCCUGCGCAUCUGGAACUAGACAACCCUACCCUGCCCCCCCACGCACGCCGCCCCCCCCGGGCCCCGCGCGAGGGGAAACCGCCGCUCGGGGGGACCACUGACCCACGGGAAUUUGACAGUGAUUCUAUUAAAGUCUACCUUCUAUGGUCAUUUUUAUCUAGCACAAGUUUUAUCGGUCGACUUGUCAGCAGUGGACGUGAUAAAAUCACUGGUGAUAAAUUCCCGGCCCGAUCGUGUGGUCACCCCGAUGGCGACCGUAUCGUAGUCGCCAUCGGCGCAUAGCGACCGCUCGCAGUCGCCAUGCGAAGCCACGCGGGUCAUUAUCCGAUCACUCCAUCGACCGGCCGCGGCCGCUUGUGAUUACGUAAGCUUUCGAAUACUGAUCUGACAGUUUUUGAGUAUGCGACGUUUUUUAAUACGACACGAUGUCCCGGGGUCGACCACGCGACCGCUUAUUUAUUUACGGUGCGGCCAUUUUGCGAACGGGCGCCAUUUUGUUGAAAAAUCUUUGGGCUUCAAGGAACACUAAUGUAUUGCUUGCUUAAAACAUGAUUAUGGAAUCAACAUAAUUUAAAGCACAAUACCAUCAUGCUAGUAAAUCCUAAUGGACAAAACCAACUGCUAAUCAAAAGUUAGCAUUAAUAAACACGUUAAAGCAUAUUUUGCAUUACGAAAGUUCCAUAAAGUACCCAUGUCAGGUAGCAAGUUACAUUUGUGUUAUUUUUCUUCAAGACCAAAGUAUUGUCUAUGACUUGGCACCCAUUCGCCAGGCAGCCGCGCUGGUAUAUAGUAGUACGUUAAUUUCUAACAAAAGUUGAAGCAUUUAAUGUUACGGUGGGAUGUAGUAGUAUGCGGCGUGUGUGCGAGAGUGCGCGUCUGGUUUCAAUGUUCACAUAUUAUACAUAAUACAUACAUACAUUAUAUAUUAUAUGGUACGGUUAGUUCAAGUAGCACUCGAUACCUAUACCGAGGGGUCUGCGCUGCUGUAUUUCGUUUCUGUGACUUGAUGACAUCGCACAAAGCAAGUCGUGCAAGUUCUAAAUCUAUAUUCAAGAACCAAAUACUAUUAUUAAUGUAUCUAUGUGUAAUUUAUUGAAUUGAAUGAGAAAAAUUUUCGUUCGUCUUUAUAUACAAUUGUAAUUCUAACGGUCGAAGCUAAUUUAUAUGAUUUUAUUAUGUAAUAAUUAUUGUAUGUUAGUGUAGUCACACGUAUAAAUGUAAGGAGCGAGAUGAUUGGUGAGAUCUCUGAUGGAAAUGUAAUUAUUUCUAAUUUCUACAAUUUACUUUGCUACGUCGCGAAACCUCUACGCGAGCCAUUCCAUAAACUGUAGAACUCGUGUGGUGUGUAUUCCUAAAUUGAAUUUGACUAAUGUGCUGUCCUUUUUCAAUCAGAGCCGUGUGAAAGUAACCACGACAGUUGUGAAAUUCAACUGUUUAUUCAAACUUCGAUCAAAGUAGAGGUUUCCCGAUCCUAUCUGACUGUAUUUGGCGUUUUGCACAAAUUUUUAGCCCUGUGCCGAUACGAUACGAACGGCCACUGACUACUUCAGCAUUUAUUAUCAGCACAAACCGGCGAGGGGCCGGGAGACUCGCACGGGCCAUGCCGGUGUUACAACUUAGUUGUUUAUACUCUGACAUUUUUCAAUACAGUGAUUUUAUUACUCUCAAAUUUUGUAUUAAUAAACACCCCGAUCAUUUACAACGCUAUGUCACUAUGAAAUUGCAAAUUAAACACAAGUGUGCAAUAUUCAACUCGUAAACAGCGUUUAAAACGCAUUAAUAUAAAACUUCAUGUAACUAAUCAUUAAAAGUAAUAUACAGUCCUUAUGAAUAACGUUUUAUAACUUUUACAUUUUAACUAUUUUUUAUUUGUGGACAUGCAAUUAGGUUUUAAAGACUAAAAUAACUCUGUGCAUUGGUGAAUAUUACAAACAUCUGGUCGCAAAUGCUGUCACAACACAACUCGCAAGAAGGGCCUAAAUGGAGGAAUCGUACAAAAAACUUCGAAAUGCAGACCAAAACAAGUCUAUUCUCAUCUGAAAAAUUCUCACAAUUUAAUAGUCUUCAAAGAAAAAUACACAACACACAUUAUUUUAGAAGAGAUGGCCAGUUAUCUGCUAAAUGCAACGUGAAAGGACAUUGUCUCUAUUCUAACAGAAGCGUCCUACAAACGAAAGCUAGCCGAUAAUUGCUAUAUCUUUCUAGAAACCAAUAUUAACUACUUGUAAAAUACUCGUCGCCACAAAAUAUAAAAGUACUUGCACCAGAGUGUACUAAUAUUUAUAACUGCACUAUGCUUUUUGCGCUUACAUCAGCAUUCUUGCUGACUUUCAUUCCUUCCUGUAUGAGAGGAUGUCGCUUCAUGGUCUUGAGCGAUUGCAGAACAUUCUAAAAGAGUUGCAUGAAAUUAAACGUCAGAAAAAUCCUAUUUUUAAAUCUAUUUCCGUGAUUCCAUGUAUGUAUGCUCGAAUGUACUUGUAUAGGUUUGUAUAAUGUUAUACACCAGUGCUAACGUCUGCGUGCACAACAAAUGAAUACUAUUAAUUAACACGAUUUAAUAUUACUAAUCAAACUAAUGUCACGAGACGGUACUUAUUUCACGAUUUAAAAAGCGGGACUUGUCUCGCAUGGAGAUCAUCCGAGGGUGUUUUCAGUUCUCAUACACUUUUCACCCAUUGUUUAGUUUGUCGGGACACUCAUACAUCGAGUGCGACGUCCCGAAGUUCAUUUUUACUAGAUUAAGCUAGGCCAUAGGUAUUUAAGGAUUUAAAUGAUACAGAUAGGCAUUUGUAACUUCGACAUUCUGUGUUGCUAUCCGCAAAAUUGAUGCCAAUGUUUCGUUUAUGGUAACAUUAGUUUCGGUAAGUACCUUCGUUGCAGUAUUCUGGGUUUAAGCACAAAUUUUGACUUUCGCAGUGAAGGGCGCUAUCGGUUGUCCUUCGGCCGAGGCGCGUUGUGUUUUCUUUAUAAGCCUUCGUCUUAGAUAGGUAUAUGUAGAUGUUUAUAUUAAGGCAGGCGCGGCAUGAGACGGCAACAUUGGGAGCUAAAUGUAUGUCCGGAUAUACUAUGCUUUCAUGUUUUUAUAUAAUAACAGUAUGUAUCGUGCUCAAAUUAUACGCAUAGAUGUAAUGUAUAACGUCACAUUCAGACUUAAUUUUGUUGUUAUAUUGAGUUGUAUUUUUCAUUCACAUCCGUUAAUAAAAGCCGUAUAAUGGCGAACGCUUUCAGACUAAAGACAAAAAGAUGAUUGUUAUAAAAUCAACGGCAUAUCAGACCAUUUGAUCCGCCAUUUUGUACGAAUUUUGUAUGUUACAAGUUUUGUAUUUCUGUCUUGAAUUUUGUUGUACUAUAGUUUUUAGUAACGGAUACGUUUUUAUACGCACGCACUAUCUAUUUGUCUAAAGUAAGGGAUAUUUCGCUAUCAUGGACGUUUUGUUUGCCCAACGCGCUGUCACUAUGAGCGGGAAAGCGCACCGAGCAAAGGUAUUCUCCGUACAGCUUUGAGUCUUUGGACAUUGAGACAAGAAUGUUUGCCCGGUCAGCUAGAAUAAUUAUUCAUAGGAUAAGACUUUUUUAAAACAAUUGUUUUCUACUGUAACGGCUUCUUUUCCGAUCGAUGUACGAUAACAUAAUAUAGCAUACUAUGGUAAUAUGUAUAUUUAAUGGAUAGUUCGAUGGCUCCUUUGGUUAUUUUCUAUUCAGACCAAUUUUUCUCACUUUUACAUCAUAUUAUAUUGGAAUGGACUGCCAUAUUUUAACCUUUAACUGUAAUAUUAUAAUGUAUUUUACUUAAAAUAUGGAGGGAACUGUACCUUAGCAUCCGAAAUUGGGUGAGGUUC